AGUGCUGAGGCAGAGGCAGGUGGUGGUGCGGCAGGAGAAUAGAGUCGAAGAGACGAUGGCGAGGGGUGGCGCGUGGGCCGCGGCGGCGGCGGUGUGGUGGAUGGUGACAGGGGCCGGGGCGGUGUGGCUGGAGAUUGCGCCGUCAGGGACUAAGUGUGUGUCGGAGGAGAUCCAAUCCAACGUUGUCGUCAUCGGCGACUACUCCGUCCUCUACGAGCACCACCACGCCCACCCUACCAUCGCCGUCAAGGAAUCAUUAUUUCAGGUUACAUCCCCUUUUGGAGACAUUGUUCAUAAGAAAGAAAAGGUUUCAAUGGAGCAAUUUGCAUUUACCACAGCAGAAGCAGGGAACUACCUUGCCUGCUUCUCGAUUGAUGGUGAGGACAGAGGGUUAGCGGUGAAACUAAAUCUUGAUUGGAAAGUUGGGAUAGCUACUAGAGACUGGAAUUCUGUUGCUAAAAAGGAAAAGAUCGAGGGAGUCGAACUGGAGUUACUCAAGCUUGAAGUUGCUGUCCAAUCAAUCCAAGACAACCUGCUUCUUCUAAAAUCCAAAGAAGCUAACAUGAGGGAUGUCAGUGAAAAGACGAAUUCUAGAGUCACGUGGUUGAGCAUGCUUUCUCUUAGUGUUUGCAUUGCAGUCUCUGUUUCACAGUUGUGGCAUCUACAACAGUACUUCCGGAAGAAGAAGCUCAUCUAACUAAUGCCCGUAAUACAGUCCUCUACUCUGUAAUAAGCCUAUCUUUAUGCUUUGUGUUUUUGCAUACUGAGGUCUGAUAGUUUCGCCGUUGAGUCUGGCAAUUUGUAAAUAAACUGGUAACAACCUGAAAUCCCAAGUCAGAUGACAUGAGACUGCUGUUUCUCUUGUUCAA